AUGCCUAUGUGCCCGCCAGAGAGGAGUGAGACCACCCACCUUCCCACCCGGUCCCCCCACGAACGCUCGCCACGCCCCCUGACUUGCCGUCCAAAUCCCGCGUCUGCUCCUCAAAUCCUCGUCCCGCUCCUCCCGCCCACGCUCCAGGGCCGCCAUUCACCACACUGCUUCGCCGUCGCCGCCUCGCACGAGAUCGUCGUCGAAGGAGCCGCCGGGCCUGACGAUUGCGAUGGGGAGCGGGAGCGCGAGCGCGAGGGGAGAUGUGGAGUUGAGGGAGAUAGCACCGCCAUCGGGAUGCGCCGCCGCCGUGGCCGGCGGGCGGCCGUCAUCGAUUCACAGCGCAGCAACGGGUGUCGUUGGGGAAGCACCCGGACUCUGGGCACAUGCAGCCGGCAAUGAACAAUCUCCGUCACAUUCAUAGCAUUGCUAGAUAUCCUAUCGUUGUUACUUAGAGCAGUUGUGACUUCUCGUGCAUCGUGUGCUCUUGACCAAAGGAGUUCAACCAAACAUGAAAUAUCUAGGAUAUUUACAGAGCCGGAACGCCUUACAAAGAGCAAAGUCUGUACUCUGCCUGUUGUGGGCUUUCUUAAUUUGGAACUGAAUGUUGCAUGUGUCUUUAUUUAGAAAAAAAAGAACGCAGCCUUCUCGCCGUUGCCAAUCGUG